AUGACGUUAUGUGAUUGUCUCUACUGCGUCGUCUACGCGAGUAUUUUAUUAACAAUCGAAUCCUACGUAAAUAUAAUUAACCAUCAGAUUCUUUGCCCAUUAUCAUUUUUUCUUACGCCAUUUACUUUCACCGGUUCGACACUCUUGUUAUUCGUUUGUCUAUUACAUUUAAUUACAAACUACGCUCGGCAUUAUGAUAGUGUCUUAGGACAAAUCGGUGGACGUUUAUCUGUGGUGUUUAUCUUUGCUUUUAUUAUCAUUCGUAGUGUUUUGGGCUCGACCUCAAUCAAUUUAGUAGCUGAUGCACAAAGCCCCAACGUUCACAACUGCAUCAUCGACAUCAACACAAACGAAUUGGUGACAAGAAUCCAAAAUAUAAAUCACAUCUUCGCUGAGGUUACAGACAUUCUCGUUUAUCUCGGUUGGAUCGUCCUAUUGGUAAUUUAUUUGUUUUCUUCGAAAAGUUCAUCGCAACGGAAAACGAUCCAAUCAGUGAAGUUUUUAAUCACGAAAUCCACGCGGCAGGAGACUUUACUUGUUAACACUGAUGAACGAUUGACCAGCAAAGAACGUCAUCGUGAUAUUUCAGUAAUUAUUCUUGUUAUUGGGUUCAUGUCAAUUACUCUAUAUCUGCCGAUUAUUAUUAGUAAAUUCGUGACUUUGGAAUUGACUUAUCGGUAUAAAACAAUCUUAUCCGAUCGACAAAUAUUUGUUUUACAAAUCGUUCAACAAGUAGCGCAUUUGUUUUGUUUAACCAUUCGAUUUGUUCCAUACGUUUUCUUUGAUAAACGAAUUUAUUCGUACAUUCAUCAGUCAAUUGGCAUGAAAAUUCAAAGAAAACGAUCGUCGAAGAAACGUUUGCAAAAGUAUAUUUGUCAUUGUCAAUGUUCGCGUCGACAAGAACCAUUAGAGUCAUUAUAA